UGUUUCAUUUUCUGUAUUCUGUGGUAUAAACAUUGAAAAUCUAAUAAUACACCGUUAGGGAAAUCAGUUGCAGCUUGCACCUUGCAACUAAAUAUAAAGAAAAAAAAAAUAAAAUUUUUUAUUCUUAAUCAUAAAAAAAUUUUCGUUUCAAAUCUGUAACUGAAUCACGCAAUAUCCUUAGUCAUGGGGGUUCCUAAAUUCUUCAGAUAUAUAAGUGAAAGAUAUCCCUGUCUCAGUGAAUUCGUGAAAGAACAUCAGAUUCCUGAAUUCGACAACCUAUAUUUGGACAUGAAUGGUAUAAUUCACAACUGUUCGCAUCCUGACGAUGGGAAUGCUCACUUUCGAAUAACAGAGGAGAAAAUUUUUGAAGAUAUCUUUCACUACAUUGAGGCUCUUUUUCGCAUGAUCAAACCACUCAAAGUUUUCUUCAUGGCUAUCGAUGGGGUAGCUCCUAGGGCAAAAAUGAAUCAACAGAGGGGAAGGAGAUUCAGAUCUGCUAAAGAUGCACAAAAACUUGAAGAUGAGGCAAUAAAAAGAGGUGAAGUUUUGCCUCCAGAACCAAGUUUCGAUUCAAACUGUAUAACACCUGGAACUGAAUUCAUGGCAAGAUUGCACGAACAAUUGAAAUAUUUUGUCGUUAAGAAGAUUUCAGAAGAUCCAUUGUGGCAAAGAUGUAAAGUUAUAUAUUCUGGACAUGAGACUCCAGGCGAAGGUGAACAUAAAAUUAUGGAUUAUAUUAGAUACAUGAGAUCCCAACCAGGGUAUGAUCCCAACACAAGGCAUUGCUUAUAUGGAUUAGAUGCAGACUUAAUUAUGUUGGGUCUUUGUACUCAUGAUCCUCAUUUUUCUCUCCUCAGAGAAGAGGUGAAAUUUGGCAAAAAAGCCACUAAAAAAACAGCUACUCCUGAGGAAGUCAGAUUUGCUCUCUUGCAUUUAUCAUUGAUGAGAGAGUAUCUUGAAUUGGAAUUUGAUCCAUUGAAGAGAACUUUAAAAACAUUCAAAUUUGAUAUAGAAAAAAUUAUUGAUGACUGGGUACUAAUGGGAUUCUUGGUUGGGAAUGAUUUCAUACCUAAUUUACCAAACUUGCACAUUACUGAUGGAGCUUUACCAAUUUUAUACAAAGCAUACAUGGAAAUUCUACCUGAAUUGGAUGGAUAUAUCAAUGAAGCGGGCAUUUUGAACCUAGAAAGGUUUGAAAUAUUCAUGAAGAAGUUAGGUGAAAUCGAUGUGCAGAAUUUUGAAGAAGUGAAGGAAGAUUUGUUUUACUUCAGGCAAAAAACAGGACGUAAACUGCAGCCAUUUGCUAAAAAUAAUACAAAAUUGAAGCACAUGGAGUUCUGGAAGCCAGAAGGUAACGAAGAGGAUAUAAAUCCUGAUUUACUUGAACCAUUAGAAGGAGGGAACACUCCAAGAGAUUCUGGAUUGAGUGAUUUGAUAGCAAGAACUGAAGAAGAAUAUGUUGAUGAAGAGGACGAGGAAGAAGACAUAAUAUCCUCUGAUGAAAAUGAUGAGCUUGAGUUUGAAGACUACAAAAGAAGUUAUUACAUGAAUAAAUUGGAAUAUGAAAAAGUUACCCCAGAAGUUAUGAAAUCGCAAGCUGAAGGUUAUGUAAGGGCAAUUCAAUGGAAUCUCCACUACUAUUAUAAUGGAGUUUGCUCUUGGUCUUGGUAUUAUCCGCAUCAUUAUGCUCCUUAUAUUUCUGACAUAAAAAAUUUCAAAAAUCUGAAUUUGGAGUACGAUUUGGGUAAACCAUUCUUGCCUUAUGAACAGCUUCUAGCGGUGUUACCUGCUGCUAGCAAGAGACUCUUGCCAUCUUGCUUUCAAAACCUUAUGACCUCUGAAACUUCUCCAAUAAUAAGGUACUAUCCUGAAAAGUUCGAGACGGACCUGAAUGGAAAAAAGCAAGAAUGGGAAGCAGUAGUUCUCGUCCCAUUUAUAGACGAAAACAUUUUACUGGAAGCUAUGAGAUCUUGUAGCGACCAGCUUACUAGCACCGAGGCUGCAAGGAAUAGACACAGCCCAAUGUUGUGCUACACGUAUACCCAGGAGAAUCUCGGACAAUACGAUUCUCCCAUGUAUUUCCCAGAUAUUUCUAACAAUCACGCUAAAGUUCAACCAAUCACCAUCGACGAAAUCAAGGUGCCAAGGGAAAAAUUGGUGAAGGGGGCUUAUCCAGGUGUACUUAUGGAUGUCUAUUACCCAGGUUUUCCCACUUUCAAACAUCUCGAGCACCAGGGCCAACUGGAAAAAGCUCGAGUAAAUGUUUUUGGACAGGCCAGUCGUGGUGAAAAUAUGAUAAUAAGAAUAAUACCAUCUGAAAGAGUUCUUGAUGGGGAGCUUCCGGUCAAUUUAUUGAACAAGACAGUGUAUGUUGGGUAUCCACAUUUAACUGAAGCGAAGGUUGUUUCAAUCUCCAAUUCAAAACAAAAGUUAACCUAUGCUGGAGUGGAUAGGGAGCCGAUAGAAGAGGCUUCACCAAGCAUGUUCAAACGAGAAGUAUCUUGUGUUACAGAAUCAUACAAGGGCAGGUUUGGCAUUGAAUUUGGAAAAGUUUUAGUUUUAGUACAUGUCCGAAAAAUUGUGGGUCAAAAAUAUAUUUUUACCUCAAAUGGAAGGAUUUCAUUGGAAAAAAUAUUUUGUACUAAUGAAACUUUUUAUCCUUUACAACUGUUGGUUGAAAACAUUAACGUGUACUCCGUCCCACAUGAUCACUCUAUAACUUUCGAAAAAUUAUUUGCUGUGGGAAGCAUAUGCUUCACAUUGACAAACAAUGAAUUUUACGGAUGCAAAGCUAUUGUGGAGACAAGUAACAAUACCCCACAAGGUCAGGUGUGUGUUGCUGUGACGUUAUCUAAGGAGCCCGAUUUAACUCCAGCUUCCAACUUGGCCAAAAAUACAGAGUGCAGCUAUAGAUCUUUGUACUUUGCUUCAUGUCAGUCAUGCAUUCCAAAAAAUAUAUUCUCCCGUAUCACGGGAGGUUUUUAUGCUUCUGCCAGAACUAGGGAGGGUGGAUUGAAAACCGUCAAUUUAGGAUUAGACCUGAAAGUGCAGAAGAAAAACUUAGAAACACCUGGAUACACAAAGAGAAUAGAUGGAAUGUGGUAUUACACAGAUGCUGCAAUAGACGUAGUGCAAGAUUAUGCAGAUGCUUUCCCAGAAAUCUUCGAAUACAUGGAAAAGAAUGGGUUUCAGAAAAAUGAGACAACUUCAGCUGAGGAUAUAUUCCCAGAAGAUAGUGAUGAAAAAGUGAAGGCUGUUUUGACCUGGCUUAGAACUCAACCAUUUUAUAAUCAAAAAAAGAUACCAUGCAAUUCUCCUGUUCUGGAGAAGGUGGUAGUUGAAGAAGUAGAAAGAAUAGUCGAUACAUUUUCUUCCCCGACCCAACAGAAAACUCUACUCAACUGUAAACCUGAAUUGCUGUACAAGGAAGAACUGUCUUAUGGUAAUCUCCUUCCCGAUCCAAGUGUGACGGUUGAAUUAUUCGAUAGAAUAAUUUGUGUUAAGAACAAUCAUGUGGUUCCUCUAGGAAUGAAAGGCACAGUUAUAGGCAUUUGUAGGCCAUCCUCGGAUUCCACUGAAUUCAUGUAUGAUAUUCUGUUUGAUAGUGAAUUCGAAGGAGGUCUUGAAAUAAAUUGUUCUAAAGGUCGGGGAUACAGAUUACCCCUCAAUGCUUUCAUAGACAUAUCUCAUGGGGCUAGAUUGUUUAAGUCACAUAUGAAAAAACCAGUUGUAGGACCUAGAGGAGCCCCAAACAAAACAACCAAGAACGAAAAUUAUAAGCUCAAGAAUAAAAAUACGGGUGAUGAAAAUUCCCAAAAUUCCGCUUUUGCAAAAUUCAGUACAAGCCCCCAAACUUCCAAAGAUUACCAUGCAGUGCCUCCUUUUAUGCCAAAUGGGGAGGCUAUUUACAAACCACAUGGUUCUUACAAUAAACAAAAUAACAACAGUUUACAACAAUCCAAGUCGACCUAUGGUUUUGGUCAUGAAGAAAGGGCAUAUUCUGGAGCCCCUAAUAAAUUCAAUAAACAAAAAGGACAAGAAAACUGGAGAACUGAGUCAUCCGAGCAAACUGAACCAAAUUAUAAAAUUUAUAAGAAGGAAUCAAAUCAAACAGUUGUCCUUCCGAAUUUAAAAUCGCCCCAUCCAAAUAAGAACGUACCAAGCGAUAAGAAAUUUGAAAUGCAAAUGAGACCUGAUUUUAUGCCCGCUUUCAAAAAAACUACCACAGAGGAUCCAAUUGAAGAAACCACAGACGCUCUGAAAAAACUUCUCAGAAUUGGUUCAGAUAAUGACAAUCAGAAAAGCAUUGCUGAAAAUAUUUCUCCAUCUAAACCAAAUCUUACCCAUUCUGAACAAAAGGCAAGCAGUCUUCCAAAUCCAACUUUGCUUCCAUCUGUUCAGUUACUUUCAUACUACCAGUCCAAAGGUCUUGGUUUGCCCAGAUAUCAGUAUUUUUCAAGUAAUUCAGGCAUACAAGCUGUAAUCAAACUUCCGAAUCGUCAAAAUAUAAUAGGUCCAUAUUCUGAUUCAAAGAUAGGAGCCAGUGAAUUGGUCGCCGAGAAAGCUCUGAAAGUACUCUGCUCAAACAAUGAUCAAACGAGUAACAGCGAAGCGGUACCUCAAAGUUUUCCAACACCUCCUAAGCAGUGGUGGAGUCCAGAAAAAGUCAACGACAAAAGUGCACAUAAAAAGUUUAAAAUUCCGCCCAAAACUUCCACUGCUAAUAAGAAUUGGAAAGACUUCAUACCGCUACAAGUUGUAAAGAAAGAAAAAGCGAACUCAAGUUGUAAUUCCAAUCAGACAAUGAAAAUUUCGAGGGGUGAUAUUGGAAGUAACUUCUCUACCCAAAAUCAGAAACCUGAAAAUUCGUCAGAUGAGGUUAUUCAAACUAAUACUAAGAAGGAGCAGAAGCCAAGAAAGCAAAGGAAAAUGAGAAUUGCAGCUAAUUUCGGAACACAAUCAUAAAUGUACAUACUUGUUUUGAUUGGGGAAAAAGAAUUUAUUUCAGAAAAGUCUUGCAACAUCUCUGGUCCAAAUUUAAUAUUUUUUAUUUCGGUAGACAUUGCAGAAGUUUUAUAGUUCAUGAUUAAUUUUCAGCCAAAAAUAUAUAAUUUCCCUAUUUUUGGUAAAAAAAAACAAAUUGAAAUAUCUCAUAGUAUGUAUAUCAGACAGAAAAUGUAAAUAACCCAAUGAGUUUUUGUGAAUUUAAUUCUUUAUGUAAAAAUUUUCUGAAUAAAAUCUAUAGUUUUUGUAUUAGUAA